AUGAUUGGAGCUUCUUCUAUUUCAGAGAUGUUCAGGCAGUAUGCUGCAAGGCUUAUGUCUGUCACAAAGCAACCUGUGUCACGUGUCCGUCCUGCCGAAGGAACAUCUGUUGCAACCAUGAGUGCUGAGCAAAGGCAGAUGUCUGAUAAAAAAAUGGCAAACGAUCUGGAUAGGAUAAUUGAAGCAGAAAUGCUAUUGGCAUACGAUUAA